UUCCGAUUAACAGGUUAACUAAGACCGAGUAUCGAAAUGCCAAAACUUGUCUGCUAUUUCAAGAAGACAGCAUUGCAACUCACGUGGAGAAACACAAAGUUCAAAAUAUGGAAUCCAUUGAUUGUGACGACCUGCUAGAUUCUGACGAAGAAUAUGAUGAUCUAGAAAGCGGACAGGAGGCAAGCGCGUCGGAUGAUGGUGAUUCCUACACAAAAGGAAGCAAUUCUGAUUCUGAUUCCAGUGAAAAAGCGGUUACGCCUCAAGAUGGAAAAAAUGUCGUAUAUGGAAAUUUUGGUUGGGCUGAUGCCAUGUCUAAAGUGCUCAAGUCUUCCAAACCAAAAACAAAAAAAACUGUCAUUCUAUCGAAAGCCAAAAAAGAUGCAGACAUAAUGAAGAUCAUCUCAGCUCAACAAGAAAAGAGUUUAUCAUUUGAAGUCGAAGAGACAAAAAAAGAAAAUAUUACAAAAAAUGAGGAUCCUGAUGUUGUAAGGCGAAAUGCUCACUUAGAAAAAAUGCUGAGAAGGCAAAGAAGGAAAGAAUGGGAUCUUGUUGGAAGAGUUAUGCCAUCUAUCACUGAAGACAGAGAACGAGAAAGAAUUUUAUCAAAAAUAGCAACCAGAGGUGUUGUGCAGUUGUUCAAUUCUGUCAAAAUUCAGCAGAAAACAAUCCAAGACAAAUUAAGGGAAGCAGGGCCAUUAGAACGUAAACGCGAAAAAGCAUUGAAAUCUCUAAACAAAGAAGAUUUCUUUGAACUUUUAAAAGGCGGAAAGCGUGUCAAAGCAGAGGUAAAAGCUGAACGUCCAACCAACGUCAAGCAGGAAGAGGCAACAUGGAGUGUUCUGCGUGACGACUUCAUGCCAGAAGUGUCCAUGCGGGAUUGGGAUAAACAAGAGAGCAGCGGUUCGGAAGAUGUAUAAACACAUUUUUGAGGCAUACAUACACGUUUUUGACUGA